AGAGCAAAAGAGUUUUAAAUGUCCGCCAUGUUGUCCAUGGCGCACUGAACCAACGAUAGGGAGCGGAGCGUCGGAAAAAAACAGUCCGAGAGAGAGCGACCAAGAUCCGGGCCUUCCCCCGGCUCCGUUGGCGACGCCCUAAAUACAAGCUACAACCAUUCGAACGUUAGAAUAGAUAAUAACCGCACAGAAACAUCCAUGAAAGCUCCACUCGCUACCGUUGUGAAUAUUAGGAGAUCCGAUAGAUUUAUAUUGCAUCUCGAAUUGUGAAAAAUGAGUAAAUUGUCGUUUCGGGCACGGGCGCUGGACGCUUCCAAGCCACUACCCGUCUUCCGUUGUGAGGAUUUACCCGACCUACACGAAUAUGCAUCCAUUAACCGGGCCGUGCCGCAGAUGCCUACGGGGAUGGAGAAAGAAGAGGAAUCGGAACACCAUCUCCAGCGGGCCAUCUCAGCACAGCAGGUUUAUGGCGAGAAGCGGGACAACAUGGUCAUCCCGGUCCCCGAGGCAGAAAGCAACAUCACAUACUACGAAUCCCUCUACCCUGGGGAGUUCAAGAUGCCAAAGCAGCUAAUUCACAUACAGCCUUUCAGCUUGGACACAGAGCAGCCCGACUACGAUCUGGACUCGGAAGAUGAUGCAUUUGUCAACAAGCUGAAGAAGAAGAUGGAGAUCAGCUUUCUGCAGUUUGAGGAGAUGAUUGACCGGCUGGAGAAAGGCAGUGGACAGCAGCUGGUGAGCCUUCCGGAAGCCAAACUGUUGCUGAAGGAGGAUGAUGAGCUCAUCAAGGAGGUCUUUGACUACUGGAGCCGCAAGAGGAAAAACAGCAAGGCCAACUCUCUCAUCCCCACCGUCAAGCAGGAGAAGCGGGACGGCUCCAGUACCAGUGACCCCUAUGUGGCCUUCCGACGGCGCACAGAGAAGAUGCAAACCAGGAAGAACCGUAAGAAUGACGAGGCGUCCUAUGAGAAGAUGCUGAAGCUACGCAGGGAUCUCAGCCGAGCUGUCACCAUCCUGGAAAUGAUCAAGAGGCGGGAGAAAAGCAAGAGAGAGCUGCUGCACCUCACACUGGAGAUCUUUGAGAAGAGAAACGUCAUGUCAGACUACGGUGGUGAGGUGAUGGCAGAGGUGUUGGCUGAGCGGGCGCUGGUGAGGCCGCAGAUCAUUCCCCUGGUCCCUCUCACCAACCAGUACCGACACCAGGACCACAUGGACCUCAAGGACUACAAGUCCAAGCCUGAGAAGACCGAAGUUCCCCGUCAGAAGAGGAAGUAUGAGAAGAAGCAGAAGGUGUUGCCACUGUCGUCAGGCACCCCACACCAUCCAGGUCCUGUCGUGUUCAAUGCCAAGGACCUGAACCAGUACGACUUCCCCAGCUCAGAUGACGAGCCCUUCUCCCAGCUGCACUCGGGCUCAUCAGAAGCAGAGGAGGAGAACGACCCAGACGGUGCAUAUGCCUUUCGCAGGAAGGCAGGCUGCCAGUACUACGCUGCUCAUCAGGAUCGUGUGGGUAGCUGGCCAUGGUGUGGACCCUGGGAGGACGGUUUUGCAGAAGCUCGCUUUCGCUACAGUCUCACCACGCUCACAGUGCCGCGGCGCUGUCUUGGCAUGGCUCGACGACGCGUGGGACGAGGCGGCAGGGUGUUGCUGGACAGGGCGCACACGGACUAUGACAAAGUUUUCCACGGACUGGAUCCAGAAAUGGUUGACCUGCCUCUUCCCCCGUCUCCUCUUCCUCCUACAACUACUUCACGUUCGCCGGCCACCGACAAGUUUGCCAGUACCUCAGAAACAAAUACCUCAGACAGAAGUUCCUCCUCCUUCAAUUCCUCUCUUUCCUCUCCCUCUUCCACGGACCUCAGUCAGAUACUGUUGAAUAUAAAGUCGUGUCGAUGGAGGCACUUUAGACCACGGACACUACCACUACAUGAGCUGGACAAUGCCCACCCGCUAUUCAGGAAGUUGAGUCGAGGCCUGAAGCGCCCAGUCUCGGCCUCCACGGCUGGGGGACGGCCCUUUGGCUCCCAACGCCCUGUAAGGGUUGUCCCCGCUCCCGCACCCAUUGCUGCUUUCACAGCCGAACAGUACCAGCAGCAUCAGGAGCAGCUGGGCCUGAUGCAGAAACGGCAGCUGGAGCAGAUCCAGCAGCAACAGCAAGCCAACAGCACCGCCACUACAAACAGCACACAUGGCCUGGCCAAUACAUUGGACCAGGCUAGCGCUCAGUUCGCCGCUUCAGCCCUAGUCACCGCCGACCAACUGCUGGCUCUCAAAACCAAGGAGGACUUAGCCCUGGGAGGCGGAGUCAAUGGCGUCCUCUCUCCCUCAGAACAGUUGAUAAUCAAAACCUUUCAAAUCCCAACUCCCCACCCCUGUCACCAACCACCUCUCCCCCCCUAUCAUCACCCGGGAUCUUUUCACCCCUCAGGUGUCUACAAGGGCUUGCACCUCUCAAGCACAGCGUCCCCUUCCCCCGCUGCCCCGGCUCCACCCACCACUACCCUGACACCCACAUCGCUUCACCUCUGCACCACCAGCAGCUCCACCUCCACUACCAGUAACAACAACGGCACCGCCCACCCUGCCAACACCACUAACACCGCCACCACUCAGGUCCUGCUGGGAAACAACAACAACAGCCUCCGUAUGGGUGUUCCCGCCAGCAAGCGUGUACACGCCCCCCGGACGCUGAGCGCCACCAUGUCAACAUCCGCCUUAAAGCUCGCCCAUGCAGCUGCCGCCACCGCCAACUGUCAGAAACCCAAGGUCACUACGGCCUCGGCCUCGCCACUGGACAUUGUGCCCAGGGAGAACCAUGAACAAGACAAGCCAGCACUGAACAGUCUAUCGGAGAACACAAUGGCCAUGGAGGUUACGUAGCCUCGCGUCUGCAGCACGGGGGGGAAGCAAGUCCUUUUUUUUUUUUUUUUUUUUUUAGGUGCUAUGCAUCGUUCGUUAGUCGUGAAAGCAAGUGAUGGUGGAAAGAGCGCGGCAAGGCUGGGUUUCCAUGGUAACUCUGUUGGGACUUAAUUGCAAUGCUCGUCUCGUACAACUUCUUUUUCCCCUCUGACCCCAUUUCCCUAUUUGUUACUGUUAAUAAGAGAUCGUCUGUAAAUUCUUAAUAUGGCAAUUAUAUGUACAGUACUGCAUAUUUGUAAUACCCCCUCCCCACCCCCUGUUCUUGUAUAUAACAUUACUUGAAUACAGAACUGUUCAUUUGUGAUGUUUUGCACUCGAGGAAAAAAAAUCAAAAUUAAAAAGAAAACGACAAACUGCAACUGAUGCGAGUAUGAGGUGUGAAAGUUGUACCACAGAAAAAUGUAUGUCCUCACAUGCAUGGUGCGGAACCUGCUGUUUGAUCUAUUUAUUGUGCCGUGUUUACAAAGGGUUUGUUUUUGGUUUUUACUUUUUUUUUUUUUUUUUUUUUUUUUUUUUUCCCCCCCCCCCCAACUGUACCCCUCACUGGUUCCCCGUGCUGUAGUCAGUGUUUAGCUAGAUUAAAAAACACAUUUUUUUGAUGUUGUGAACAUGGCCGGGAGCUCGCUUGUUUUUUUUGUGGGCGUUCUUCCAUGAUGUUCCCAUGUGUCAUAUUGAAUCCAUGGAGACAUGCACUCAUACAGAUUCAGGCGCAGGGCAGUAGAAGACGGCGACAGGUGUGAAUUUGUUUGUUGUAGGCAUCAGUUUGUCAGUGGGUUAAUCAGUUUCCACAAAGCUCUUCCAUACAUAUAUUAUUCCUGAGACAAGUAACAAAACAUUGGGGAUGAAGACUUUUUCCCAGAAGGGAAGCUUCUGACUUAUCUAAGCACUAUAUAAUUUGUUUUUUUAAAUUGAUUGAUGCUGCUUUUGUAUGAUUUUGGUCUCUGGUUUGCCCCAGAUGGCCUCAUUUACUUUUGUUUUCUGUAAAAGAUGAGCCCCUACAUCCUGUAUAAUUUUUUUAACUUUAAUAUUUUUGUAUCCACUUUUCCCCUCUCAAGACAUCAUUCUUUUGUUACUUGUGAUCUAAAAAAAUAGGAGUAAAAAAAUGCAGUAACUGACAUUUAUCAUUCCAGCUUCUACAUAAUAAGGAAGAAACAUGUAUUAAUUGAAAAGAAAAAAAUCGCUCUACUUUUAAAAAACUCUCCAGAAGGCUGCAAGGCCAUGAACCACAAGUUAUCGGGUGCCUUCAUUUGGGAAAAAAAAAACCUUUAAAAAAAAAAAAAUCGCUCUCUUCUGUGAAGAGUUUGGUACUGAACAAGGCUACUUGUAGUUUUUCUUUGUCUGUACCACAAUCCCAAUGCCCAUUCCAGUGGCCCAGUUGAUUCAUGAGUUUUUGUUUUUGUAGACCUACACACACGGAAAGACUAAGAAUCCUCUUGAAUUGUCACAAAAUGAAAUAAAAAUCCAGGGCAUUAUGUG